AUGCACUCAUAUCUCAAGACGAUGAAUCACCAUGUUCUUCCACCACAUCACCAUGAUAGUCUCGUUCGUAUGGAAGCAUUUCUCGACAUCAUGACCAAUAUGAUUGAAAUAAUGUGGCGACGAGUUUGCCAACAGGGCCUAUCAACGAUACGCCACUUUGUGCGCGAAAUUUUGAAACGAUCCCAAACAACGUAUACGACAGCACAAAUUGCUAUUGCUUACCUGUUUCAGAUGAUAAAGCAGUAUAAUCAGCAGCGAUCCACAUUUCAACGUCAUGGUAUACAUUGCUGUGGACGCCGUAUGUUUUUGGCUAGUUUGAUUGUUGCUUCCAAAUUCCUGCAUGAUAAAACGUAUCGCAACUCGGCCUGGGCUAGCAUGGCACAACUACCUGUGCAGGAGGUCAACUUGGCCGAACGUGUGUUUCUGCAAAUGUGUCAAUACCGGCUUUACGUGUCACCCGAGGCCUACGAUCAGCUGCAUCGACAAUUUGCGUAUCAACUCACCCAACUUCUCGGUGGUCAUCAUCAUCUUCAUCCCCAUUUGCUUAUCAUAUCAACCAACAACAAGCAGCCUAAUCCUACUAUUCCUGCUGCUACUAAUACUACUACUACUCCAUCCCAUUAUUACUCUUUUAUUUACAAUCCCAAAUGUAAAAAGAACACCGCCGCUGCAGGAGCAUCUAUCGCCAAUGCAACUAUCGGAGGAGACAUGUUGGCGUAUCAACAUCAACAAACGCAUGAUGUUGGUGGCGCAUUUGCAUCUCAUCCGCGUGACAAACGAUAUCGCGACCAUGAUGAUUCCCCCUCCUCCUCCUCCUCCUCUGCUUUUCGCCCACCCACAUCCAAACGUUGUAAAUCAUCACAUCCCCAUCAACAUUCAUAUCAAAGGCUUUUAGGUCAUAUAUGA